AUGGCUCAGGACCGCACACCGACAGGCGCACCGUCUCGUACCGGUACGUCGCCGCCCGUCGCCCGUCGUCUGCUCUCGUCCGGCGCUGUCGAUAGCACUGCCACGAGCAGCAGUAGCAGUGGUACCAAUAGCAGCAGUCGCACCACUCGUCCAAGUAGCCGCAGCAAAAGCCGCCAUAGCCACAACACGAGUACCGUAAGUAGCGCAGUGCACACGGCCUCUCCCGCGAAACGAGACGGACGCAGAGCCGCGAGGAGCAACAGCAGCAGCAGCAGCAGCAACAACAACAACAGUAGCAAUCGACGAGUGCGCGAGCAGAAGGACGUGCGGGACGAUCGCGUGGCGACCGCUACCCCAACGUCGUCGUCGACGGUCUCUACUGCGUCGUCGACGACCGGACCGUCUGCCGGGGAAGCGCUUGGACGUGUUUGUGGACACGAGACGGGCGCGGGUCAGGUGCUGGACAAGGACAUGGAGCCGUUGCGACGACGGCCAGUGGCGUUUUCGUGCCGGCCCAGUCCGCCGAGGCGUCAUCGGUCGAGAGAUCGUUUCGUGGAAGGAGCUGCAGCUGAGGAUAAGGCGGCUGUAGCCGCAGCACCACACGGUGUUGAUUCAGAGACAGGAGGUGUCCAAAAGGCUGCGCGCAGUACUGCUGCUGCUGCUACUGCUGCUGGCUGUGAUCAGGUGGGCACUGGAUCAUCACAGGCAGGAAACAAGGUCAAGCCAAUGCUAGAGUCGCCGCCGACAUCGCCAGCAACUUAUGUGUCGUCGUCUUCAGGUGGUGAGCAUGGAAGUGACAGGGACGAGAGGCCAAAGCGGCGAUCAGGACACCGGGGACACCGUCAGCAGCAGCAGCAGCAGCAACAAACUGCUGCUGUGAUGAUGAAACCAUCGCGGAUGGUGGUAAAACGACGAGCGACAGUGCCGUCGUGCAGCAAUAGUGAGGCCCAUCGGCCGUCGGCGCGAUCAGCGCAUGUGCAGCCGUCACUUGGCAAUGUCAAUGAGACGGAGGUAACGAGCAGCACUUUGCAGGUUGUGUCGAGCAGUCCACGGGUCGGAUCUGCUGACGGGUCGAUCAGCAGCUUGGAGAAGUGGCAUCUUCGACUGAAGCGGUCGAUCUCUGGCAACUCGAGCAGUACGGACGAGGAACGCCACGGUCGCGAUCCGUUAUCCUCGCAGCGGCUGUACAGCAGUCGUCAUAGCCGGCAGCUCAUGGAGAGCCCACCACCACCUGGCCAAGUAGCGGCAACAAGUCGGAGGAGGCGCGGAAGCGACUCGCCCCUACUGGACCAGGCUAGAACACGAGCUCGUAGUUCGGCGCGUGGCUCGACACAGCCAGCAUCGCCAGGAGGCAGCGGAGGGCUACCCCCGCCACCGCCUCCUUUGUCGCUAUCUUCUGACGUGCAAGACUCUGCCACACCCCGGGCAGCGGCACGCAAAGUUCCACACUCUGGUGACGAUGCAGCAGGUGAUUGCGAUGCUGCGCCAAAGCCUCGGCCAGUUCGCAUUCGCUACGAAACUCCAGAUCGCGGCAUGGGUGGCAAACGGGAAAUCUCGCAUGCAUCGCUUGGCAAACUGAUCGCUCGUCUUACAGACGCUCACCAGUAUGACACGGAAUUUCGCGACGUGUUUUUGCUGACGUAUCGUUCGUUCUGCUCGCCGUACGACUUUAUCAAGAAGCUUCUGAAGCGAUAUACAGCUGUGCUGUCGCUUUGCGGGGGCCUCGACGCCGAGGUUGUGAGAGAAACGCAGUUAUUGCUGGACCAAAUUACGCUCGAAGAGGAAAGUGAGCAGCGAGAGUCGAAUGUGACGUCCGUUUCGACGGCACGAUCAGAUAUUGCUACUGGAAUGGAGGCAAACGUGUCCAUCAUGCGCCUGCUGAGUGUCUUGAAAUUCUGGAUCAAGGAAAGCGGGUUCAUUGAUCAGGACCUCGCCAACGACCGCAAAGCUCAGCGGAAGCUGAUGAAUUUUCUCCGCGAGAUUCGGAACACGUCGCCCAUUCCAUCCAUUCGACGGCACGCUGAAAACCUGCUACUAACGGUUGCUCAACUAUUGUCGUUACAGAAGCAGCAAGCUCAUGUCCAGGCUCAAGCGCAAGCGCAAGCCCAGGCCAAAGCGCAAUUUCUCAGCCAGGCCCAAGCGCAAGCCCAUGCGAAAGCCCAAUCUCAGCGCGUGAACUCAAAGCCGCUGCCACCGCCGACCCUCGUGACUUCAGCUUCGGUGUCGUCGCUGGCUGAUAAACAGGUCUUGAGUCCAGGAGGCGACGCUGGUCAGGAUUCCCGAAGCGUAGUGGCGCUAGCGCUGGCGCAUCAGCUUGGCGAUCGCGGAGUUUCGCAUUCUCGAACGCGGUCACAAGCCACGACCAAACCGGCCCUGCCGCGAUCUUCGUCGGACCCCAAGCGUGAGCGAUCUAUGGUAAAACUCCGUACCAAGAUUUCCAGUGGCGAUAUAUUUCAGCUGAGGAGUCGGCCCAUACCCGUUGUAGCAGAUGACCGGACGGCAGUCGUGGCGGCUGCAAGCGAUCGAAUGCUGCGCGAAGGAGCUCAGCAACAGAGUUUGGUAUCUAAUGCCAUUGCAAAGGCGCCGAAGAUUGCGCGAGGUGUUACUACCGGCAGCGCUGAUGCCGCUGUCAAAGCGAGCACCAGUAGCAAUGGCACGGAUGACUUCUUCGACGAGAUCAUUCAGGAUACGUUGCAACGCGCGAGAGCAACGGCGACAUCGCGUAAAAGUGCGCGUAUAGGCUACGAUAACUUGGAGCCGCUGUCGGGCAUCUCUGCCCAAGAACUGGCCGAUCAGCUCACGCUGAUGGAGGCAGAUCAGUACUUUUCGAAACUGAACCCACGGGAGCUGACGAAUAAGGCCUGGACACGUGAAACGAAGCAUUGCGAAGCUCCUCACGUGAUGGCUUUGAUCGAGCUCUUUGAUGCAACGGCUGAGUGGGUUUCGAGCGAGAUUCUGCACCCGCAAUUGCAGGCCGUCGAACGUGCCAAGGUGAUUACGCUUUUCAUCGAUGCGGCGGACAACUGCUACCAGAUGAACAAUUUUAACACGCUGUUUGAAAUCACCACUGGCUUGUCGGCGCCAUGUACUCGGCAGCUCAACACCACGUGGAGCCUCGUUACUGCGGCUACGCAGGAAAAGUAUCAGUGCCUGCAGCAGGUGUGCUCGCCCGAUGACAACUACCGCAGCUAUCGUCAAGCGUUUGCCUUGGCCGAAGGUCAGCCACGACUCGCUUGUUGGUUUAUCUUGGUGAAGGAUUUGUUCACGUACGAAGAAGCUAUGAAGUCUGUGGAAGGUGGGCUCGUGAAUUGGCAAAAGUUCCGCAAGAUCUACCGUAUCAUCAGUGAGUCCCUGGACCGUCAGAAUUUCGACUACGUGCCUGCUAGCUCGAGUGCUGGUGGUGGUAAUGGAACGAACGCAAAUGGCGUGUCCAGGAAAGGACGCGGCAGUUUGCGGCAUGAUAGAAGGACGCAGGUCCACAUUCGCCACCGGAUUGACACCAUUCGGAAAGACAGCUCUGUGUUGUAUCAGCUCGCGCGCAAUGCCAAUACGCAGGAGAGUAUUUUAUUUGUAAACAGUUUAUCGGAAGCAGGAUUCCUGUGA